CUGCAUCUUUAAAACGGGAAAAAAAGAAAAGCCAAGGAAAACACACAGGCAGUUCAGUCAUAACUGUGGGACGAUAAGGACUACCUCUUUUUACUUUUGGAGAGAGCCAAGGCGUUAGGGAGAGCAUUCAGCAUCAGCUGUUCAACACUGGGCUCUCAUUGCUGGAAGUCGAGGCUGACUCAGUCACAUGACGAGCUGGAGGCAGAGAUCUAGAGAAAAGGCACAGCAUUUCGGCUUGAACCGCCAUACUGUAUUUUGAGCCAUAUCACAUUUUUAUUGCAACAUUUUACUCCCGCUCGGUGAGUACAUUUCCAAUGGCUUUUUUGUAAGCAUUUUUUGUCUUUUUAAUUGCCCCCUUUUUUAUUUUUACUCCUUUUGCUGGUGUUUGAAUUGAGCAUUGACAUGGUGGUUUUGAGCGUUUUUCAAAUCCAGGCUUCAAGUUUUUAGCAUGCAGUUAUUCUGACCGAGAGUGCCAACAGGGUAAUCGGUGCGGUAUCGCUCGUGAGAGAGCCUUUACUUGCUUGCAGUUUUGUUUCGAGGGUCGAAACCAAGCAGCUUUUGUCAGUAUUGAGAUUUUUCAAACAAUUUGUUGGUGGUUUUGAAACAUUUUUAUUUUUUGUUUCUGUCGACUUUUGCUGUUGCUAUGCUUUGGUUUGCAUUGUGCAGUGUUGUUUGUUGCCUUCGAGUUUUGUGAUUUUGAUGUGUCGGUGAAUCCCACCGCCCUUGCUUUUACUUUAUUCUUCUUUUCUUAAUAACAAGGAGUCCUUUUUAAACGUUUUGACGUGAUACUUUUCUUGCAGUUGAGCUCUCAGGUUUGUUGUUUUUGUGUUUCUCUCUUUUUUCAAUUUCAUUAUACUUUUGCUGGUGGCAGUGUCAAGUAUUUUUGGAUGCUGGGUGGACGAGGGGAGUUUUGAUUCUUGUGGGAGUUCAAUGCGUUUUUGUUUUCUGUUUCAACGAGGAUGAACAGACAUUUUCCCCUUUGCAGGAGGGCAAGUGGAUGAGAAUGACUGGUAAACUCCAGACCAGCAACGUGACCAACAAGAAUGACCUGCGCUCGCUAAACUCCAGAGUCUUUAUUGGCAAUCUCAACACAGCCAUUGUCAAGAAGACGGACAUAGAGAUCCUCUUUGGCAAGUACGGCAAGAUAGUGGGCUGCUCUGUGCACAAAGGUUACGCCUUCGUACAGUAUUUGAACGAGAGGAACGCACGGGCAGCUGUGUCUGGAGAAAAUGCACGUGUCAUCGCUGGACAGCCUCUUGACAUAAACAUGGCGGGCGAGCCGAAGCCCUACAGGCCCAAAGCAGGCUCCAAGAGGCCGCUCUCAGCUGUUUACAGCGGUUAUGAACUUGAUUACGAGUACUACAGGGAUGACUUUUACAGCAGGCUUUUUGACUACCAUGGCAGAGUGGCCCCCCCACCGAGGGCCGUGAUCCCUGUCAAGCGCUCCAGGGUGCUCGCUCCUUCCUCCCGCCGCGGGAAGACCUCCUUCCCCAUCAAAACAUCAUCCUCUUCCUCCUCCUCAUCCUCCAGACCUCCCACGUCCUCCUCCGGGCUCAAACUGAAGACGGACCAGCUUCAAACUAUAAAGCGGGAGCUCACUCAGAUCAAGUUGAAGAUCGACUCUUUACUGGGACGCCUGGAGAAGAUCGAAAAGCAGCAGAGAGCCGAGUCUGCUCAGAGAAAGUAUGAGGACAACUGUGACUCCCUGCAUGAGGAGUCUGUGUCAGAGACGGCAGAAAACUCUGGGGAGGAAGCGGGCGACGGGGCUCUGGGGAUGGAGGCUGGAGAGAUGACCGAUGGAGGCGAGGAUGAGUACGACGAGGAGGGCAACCACCAUCUGAUAGAGAACCAUGUAUCGGAUAUUGACAACUGAGAUCAGGAUGAGGCAGCAGACGCUCCCGGUUGGUGGUAUUAGAAUUUAUCAUCGCCUUCAAGACACAGAAAAAAGAUUUCUGAGGGAUCAAGACUCUCAUACUGGACUGUAAAUUGUAUUCAAGAGAUGCUGAAUCACAUUUAGAUUCCCAACUCUGCAGCACAUAGCGAACGUGAUGUGCUCUCUGAAGAAAAUCUAUUCAAGACUCAUUUUCAUGCAGUGGCCACCUUCAUGGAUAUUCUGUGCGACUUAUAUUUCAUUGCAGGAGGCUGAGAGUAUUAUGCGCUAAUCCUGCUCCUGAAAAAAUAAAUACUAUGGGAAUGUAUAAUUAAAAAAAAAAAGGCUUUUUAUUCAGAUUUGCAAAUUGAAUUACGUGGAACGGAAAGGAAUUGUUGAUUUACCAUAUGAAAUGUGUUAACAAUGUAAUUUCACAAACUGUAUUUCAAAUAACUUUUGCUCGAAGAUCAAAUGACUAGAACAAUCGGCGACCGCAGUAUGAUAUCCACAAAACUAAUGAAACAUCGGUGCCGUCUGGGUCUGCUUUUUCUCGUGUAUAAGCCAUGAGCUACGAGCAUAACUUUAUCCAGCUUAUCCAUUUAUCACACAAAUACCCUGUGGGGCUGUUCCAUCAUAUUCCAACUCCUGCCAACUUUCAAAGCAGACAUUUCCUAGAGUGGUAGAGAGCAGCGACGUGCAGUCAGGGUAGGCAGGGGAGGCAGAGCCUCACCUGUCAUACUCAUAGACUGGCCAUACUACAAUGUAACGGAAAAACAACUAAAGAAAAACUAAAUAGUAAUAAUAAUAAAAUGUCUCCACUGAUCUGUGUUGUAAAUGUGAUUUAUGUUUGAUUCCAAUCGCUUUUUAUAGUCAAAAUCAGCAAAUUUGCCGAGCUCCGCUACAACUAGAUGGGAGCGAAGAGGA